CGGACCCCUCCACCCUUCGCAUACCCGCCCCGCGAACGGGCAUACCCGGGACUGCCCGGUGAUGCUCGCCAGCGCCGUCCUCUCCCCGCUCUUCGCGCCUCGGCAGGCGUCCCUGAUCGCCGGCAAGUGGUACCCGGACCCCGUUCCUGCCUUCCCAAACGCCGACGGCGAGAUCGGCCGGCUCCGGCAACAGCUCGAGCAGGCGCAGGCGGAUGCGGCGGCAGCGCAGGAGCGCGCACGCGCUGAGCCCGCGGCGCGCUCUCGGGCGGCUGAGGAGGGUGGAGCGCGGAGGGCAGCAACUCGACCGAUUGCGCUGCCGCCGCCGGGAAGCCUCACGGCAAUCAUAAGCCCCGCCCGAGCUCACACCAUGGUGCACGAUCCGCUCACGCCUGCGCCUUCACACAGACCUUGAACAGAAGAAGGUGCCUCGAAUAGCGCGGCUCCCACCUAGGCGGUCAACCUAGGGAUGUGGUUCUCGCUGGCGGUGGCGUCGGCGCUGCGGAUGCGGCACGGUGCGACCGCCGCGGCGACGGCUUGCCUGGCGCUGGGCGUGGCGGGCUGUGCGCUGGCACUGCUGCAGCUGGCGAGGCCGCUGCUGGCCAGCGUCAGGAGCGCUCUCGGGAUCGACGACAGAGGAGCAGUCGCCGGCGAGCCGCGAGCUUCGCCGAGAUUCGCCGUGACGAGCGAGAGUAACCACCAAGUCGGAUUGGUCGACACGGGCCGACGAGCCGAGAAGAGCCGAGCUUAGCCGAGAUGAGCCGAUGUUGUUAGCCCAGAGAGGGUUGCUCGGAGCGUGCGAGCGGGCUUUUCUCUUCACACCGCCCGCGCGCCCGCGCCGUGAGCAGGCAAGCUGCGAUGCUACGCCUGCCGCGACAUCUUCGACGUACCGCGCGGGGCCAAGCGGGCCGUCUGCCCGUACUGCGGCACCGCCAACCAGGUGUGAGCGUGCGUCUUGCUGUUGAGCGUGUGUGGAGCGGCAAGCGCGCGUUUGGACGACAAUUGAACCAUCGUGUGUCGCUUCCGGUGUUUGCGGCCCCUUUCAGUCGAUGAGGGUUCUAUCGGAUCACGUAUGAAAGGGAAUGUGGUUUGGGGCCGACCUGUGUACGGCAGUUUAGAACUUGUACUCCGCGCCCUUUUUGUGCCGAUUGUGUGACCACGUACAUC